CAAAGACCCAUCAGCAACAGCCAACCAACCAAAAUCAUAAACAAAAGGACUCUAUCAAAUGGUUUUUCAUGUGUACUCUUCAUCUCUCAGCUUCCUUAAUUCUGCUGAUAGAAUAUACACUACCUAGUUUGCAAGGAAGAAUAUCUUUUGGAGAGUUGCUCAAAAGGAAUUGAUAGCAAAGAGUUUUGCUUUUGUGCCAAAAGAGUACAAAAGAGUUUGUUUCAUUUACUUUUGAACAUGCAUAUAUGCUAAAAAUGUCUAGAAUUACAAAUGAAAUAAAACAAAUGUUGUACCCACCUCCUGUUUCACCUCUUUCUUCAUUCCCAACUCCUGAUUAUAACAUUGACUACAAUGAAUCAUCCCCUUCAUCAUCUUCUAUCAGAAUCAGUCCAGUUCUUCUUUUGAUUAUAGUAAUUUUUGCUGUAAUCUUCUUCAUUGCUGGUCUUCUCCAUUUGCUAGUUAGAUUUCUCAUAAAGAGACCAUCUUUUUCACCAAUUUAUCAAUCCAAUAGAUACCCUGGAAACUCAGAGUCUCAUGGGCUUCAAAGACAGCUUCAACAGCUUUUUCGUUUACAUGACUCAGGCCUAGACCAAUCGGUCAUAGAUGCUUUACCAGUUUUCUUCUACAAAGAUAUAAUGGGAUUGAAGGAGCCAUUUGACUGUGCUGUUUGUUUAUGUGAAUUCUCGGACCAUGACAAGCUCAGAUUGCUUCCAAUGUGUAGCCAUGCUUUCCACAUUGAUUGUAUAGAUACAUGGCUUCUUUCAAAUUCUACAUGCCCCCUUUGUAGAAUAACCCUUUCUGGCUCCAGCUUUCCAUUGGAAAAUCCAAUGUUCCAAUGUGAGUACCUAAGGGCAAUAUCAAAUGGGGUUGAGAGUGAUGGAGAAAUCGGCAUUCCUUGUAGUCAGAAGCCAGCUGCUACGGAAGAUAUUAGUGAAAAAAGGGUCUUCUCAGUGAGACUUGGUAAGUUCAGAAGUAUAAAUGAUGGUGAAAGUGGAGGAAGAGUAUUACAAGUAGAGAUCAGUAGCUCCAAUUUGGAUGCAAGAAGAUGUUACUCAAUGGGUGCAUAUCAAUAUGUGGUUGGUGAUUCAUUGCAAGUGACUUUGUCUCCUGGUGUUAGAGAUGAGAAGGUUAUGGAAGGGAAAAGAGAAGAUGGAAGUUCUUCCAUUGGUGGAGAUGCAGAAGAGAAGAGAAUCAGGAGAAUUAAAGGUGAGAGCUUUUCUGUUUCUAAGAUAUGGCUUUGGUCUAAGAAGAGCAGAUUCCCAGCUUCUUCAGAUACUCACGCUGAUGUAUCUCUUAAUAUAAGUUUGCCUAGGAAUGACAGAACUGAAGCUGUAUGAAAUGAUGAUAUACAGGUUCAUCACUUUAUUUUUUAGAUAAAAAAUAAUUUUGUUUUUUCACCAAUCAACCUUUAUAUGCUUAUCAAAUAUAAGUGCUAUUUCAUUUACAGUUUUGCUUUUUCUUUAGCUGAUUCAAGAGGAUGCCUAUGUUUUGUGUUCAAAUGCAAAAAGAACUAAUCUGGUU